AUUUGUUUGUGGGUUUUAGCGGGAAAAUGCAUUAUUUCGGUUUUGGAGGGAAUAUGCGUUUUUCCGGUUUUGGCCGAAAAGUACGGUUUUACUGGUUUGACCGAAAAGUGUGUUUUAUGGAAAUAUGCAUUUUACGUUUUUUUGAGGAAAAACGCAUUUUGCGGUUUUGGCGGGAAAGUGUGCUUUUUAAUUUUUGCGGAAAAAUAUAUUUUUCGGUUCUGGCGGAAAAAUGUAUUUGCAAAAAAAUAAAAUUUACGGUUUGAAAAUAAUAUUUUUACUUUAAAAGGUCAUUUUUGUUAUUUAUGAUUUUGGAUUGAACUAGAUGCAUCAUCAAGCCUCACCUUCAUUUGGGUGAGAAUUUGAGAUGAGUUUUAGGGGUACUAUUCGAGGCAAGAAGAUAAGAACAACACUUAGGUCUUCACGUUUCCUUUUAUACUCUGCUUUGUUAUUUUGAAGUGUAUUGUAACUUGUAAGGGGUGAAACCACUAACAAUAACAAAGGUCUGACUGAUUAAUAUUCUCAACUGUUUUCAAUUGAUGCAGUGUAGAUGCUUAUUUUUCAGUGUGAACAUGGAAACAAAUAUUUCAAUCUGAGGCCAAUCAAUGCGUGGUUGAAAAGGUCAAAUAUUGGACUCUCUGUAUUUCAAACUGAAAAUUCUCAUCUUUCGAUUGAUGCAAGGGUAUGGGUGCCUAUCUUUCAUUGGUUCGUGUCCCAACAAGCUAGUAAAGACAUGCACAUGACAAUAUUGCUUGAUUGGUUUGGUAAAAGUCUGAACUUCUUCUUGGCAGUUACGUGAGUAUUGAUCUACUAGUUUUUGAUUUAUUAAAAAUAAGUUUUAUACUUAUGGUCAACAUUGUUUAUAUAUAUGCUCUUGUUAUAUGGUCGCUUCUUCAACUAAUCCGAAGAAGUUAGUUUUUGGAAAGCAGAUGGAGAAGAAGUUAUUUACUUCUUUGCUCUUGUUUACCAUGUUUUCAGGUAUUAGCUUCGCAGGGAUAACGACAGAGAGUCCGUUGUCAAUAGGACAAACACUCAGCUCCUCUAAUGAGAUUUAUGAAUUGGGAUUCUUCAGUCCUCCUGAUAACUCACAAAAUCAGUAUGUCGGAAUCUGGUUCAAGGGUAUCAUUCCCCGGGUGGUUGUGUGGGUGGCCAAUAGAGAAAAGCCUGUUACAGACUCCACAGCACAUCUAGCUAUCAACAUAAAUGGGAGCCUUCUAUUAUUGGAUGGAAAACAUGGGGUUGUGUGGUCCACCAGAGAAUCUUCUGCAUCUAACAGGUCUCGUGCCGAACUUUCAGACGAAGGAAAUCUUAUUGUCACAGACAAUGUUUCAGGAAGAAGGCUAUGGGAAAGCUUUGAGAAUCUUGGUGAUACUCUGCUACCUUUCUCACCCUUGACGUAUAAUCUAGCUACCGGUGAGAAGCGUGUAUUGACCUCUUGGAAAAGUUACACCGACCCAUCUCUUGGUGACGUUGUGGCUCAUAUUACACCGCAGGUGCCAUCGCAGCUGUUUACUAUGAGAGGCUCGACGCCUUACUAUAGAACAGGUCCAUGGGCUAAAACAAGGUUCUCCGGGAUACCACUAAUGGAUGAAACAUUAGCAAGUCCAUUUAGUUUCCAGCAGGAUGCAAAUGGGUCAGGGUCUUUCUCUUAUGUAGAUAGAAGCUCAAAGCUUUCACGUCUACUUAUAACAUCCGAGGGCACUCUGAUGAGGUUCCGGCAUAUUGGGACAGAAUGGGAAGUAAGCUAUCAGGCUCCAGCCAAUCCGUGCGAUGUUUACGGUGUAUGUGGACCUUUUGGACUGUGCAUAAUGUCAGAUUCUCCAAAGUGUAAAUGCUUCAAAGGGUUUGUACCAAAAUUCCCUGAGGAAUGGAAUAGAGGAAACUGGACCAAUGGGUGCGUAAGGCGUACUGAACUAGAUUGUCAAGGGAACUCUACCGGUGAAGAUGUAAAUGUCUUCCAUCCUGUUGCCAACAUAAAGCCUCCAGACUUUUACACGUUUGUAAGUUCUGUGGAUGCCAAAGACUGCUACCAAAUUUGCCUCCACAACUGCUCUUGCUUAGCCUUUGCUCAUAUUCGUGGAAUUGGGUGCUUGAUAUGGAAUCAAGAGCUUAUAGACGUAAUGCAGUUUUAUGCGGGAGGGGAGCUUCUUUCCAUUCGUCUUGCACGCUCUGAACUAGGUGGAAAUAAGCACAAGAAAACUAUUUUGGCCAUUGCUGUUAGCAUUUCUCUCUUUGUGAUAUUGGGUUCUGCUGCGUAUGGUUUCUAUAGAUACAAAGUGAAACAUAAUGGUAACUCUCUCAAACAGUCAAACUCUACUUGUUUGCCUAUACAUUUGCUUUCUAACAAUUACACACUGAUGAGUUUACCAUGUAUCUUUCUAUUCUUGUACUCUAAUCCAGCUAUUAUAACAACGGAUGCCUCAGAAGAUUCAUGGAGGAAAGGUCUGAAACCACAAGAUGUCCCGGGUUUAAAUUUCUUUGAGAUGAAUACCAUUGAAACUGCUACCAAUAAUUUCAGCCUGUCAAAUAAACUCGGACAAGGUGGUUUCGGUUCAGUUUACAAGGGAAAGCUGCAGGAUGGGAAAGAAAUUGCUGUCAAACGGCUUUCUAGCAGCUCGGGGCAGGGAAAAGAGGAGUUUAUGAAUGAAAUAGUGCUCAUCUCAAAGCUACAACACAAAAACUUAGUUCGUAUUUUGGGAUGUUGCAUUGAAGGAGAAGAGAGGCUAUUGAUUUAUGAGUUCAUGUUGAACAGAAGCCUUGACACUUUUCUCUUUGAUUCAAGAAAAAGGCUUGAGAUUGAGUGGCCUAAGAGAUUCAGUAUCAUCCAAGGUAUUGCGCGUGGACUUCUCUAUCUCCACCGUGACUCACGCCUCAAGGUCAUUCACCGAGACCUGAAGGUGAGCAAUAUUCUUUUGGAUGAGAAGAUGAACCCAAAAAUAUCAGAUUUUGGAUUGGCUCGGAUGUAUCAAGGAACCGAAUAUCAAGACAACACUCGCAGGGUUGUAGGAACUUUAGGAUGUAUGGCUCCUGAGUAUGCAUGGACUGGUACGUUCUCAGAGAAGUCAGACAUCUACAGCUUCGGAGUUCUAUUGUUAGAAAUCAUCAGCGGAGAGAAAAUCUCCAGAUUUAGCUAUGGCGAAGAAGGAAAAACCCUUCUUGCAUAUGCAUGGGAAUCUUGGUAUGAAAAUGGAGGAAUUGAUCUUUUGGAUAAAGAUGUUGCUAACUCAUGUCAGCCAUUAGAAGUUAAGAGAUGUGUUCAGAUUGGUCUGCUCUGUGUUCAGCAUCAACCUGCAGACAGACCCAAUACACUUGAGUUGCUGUCUCUGCUCACCACUACAUCAGACCUUCAAUCACCAGAACAACCCACAUUUUCACUGCACAAGAGAGAUGACAGAUACUUGUGUAAGGGUUUGAGCACUGUCAAUGAGAUAACACAAUCUGCUAUCCUUGGGCGUUAAGAAACGAUGUGUAAUGGAAGUUGUUGAGUUAAAUUGAUUUUUUUUUUCAAUGUUGAUAACUUCAACAACAUCACGCUCUUUCAUUUUUAAUACAUUUUGGAAUAAAAUGGUUCUUAAGUUAGUGUUUA